GUGUUUUUCACUUGAUAGUCCCCUCUUCUUUGCUGUGUUAUUGCAUUUGUGUUCAAGGAUGUCUGAACUGAUAGAAAGAGCACAUAAUGACUUCAAACAGCCCAGACACGGAGAGAGGGGCAAACAGUAAGGCUUCGACACUAGCCGGGGCUAGGAGGAGGAGCAUAUUGACAUGCCUUUCUGGUUAGUUCUCAAAAUUUUGAGCUUCAGUGGCUGACAGUACCGUUAAAGAGGGAGGUGGAUGCAAUGGAUUGAAAACUUAUACUGGAUGCAAUUGAAGGAAAGGGGAAAACUUUGGCGACCACUUGUACUGCGGUGUGAUCGGUUUUGCGAGAAAGGCUGAACUUCAGGUCAUCCUCCACUUCACCAUGAGUUGCUUUCUUGCCUGGCUUGUGAGCGUCGCCCUUCUGAUGUGCUGGACUUUCCCGGGUUUCUCCAGCAACCAGUCGAUUGACGCUUCCUCCGCGUCUGUACACCAGCAUAAACUCCACUCCGAGAGUCUCCAAAGCCGGGGUGUCCUUGGGACGGACUUAUCUUUCCUCCGGUCCAGGUCCCAGUACGUCUCCUCGGUGCUGCCGGUCCGACCGUACUCGCUCUCCAUAAAUGCGGACGACUACCAUUACACCCCGAAACCCAAACACCUUCGGCCAGCCAGGCUGCUGCGAAUUCUGGGCCCGUCCUUCGAUCCGUUCUGGAUGUCGAUCGAACGUCCCGCCGACGUGGGAAUGUGGGUCUCGGUAGGGGUGAUUUCGGGGCUGCCGUCAGAGGAGACUGCUUUCCGGGACACCAGGGCAUCCGCAGUGACCAAUCAUGUCGCCAGCAGCAGAGGCUUCAACCUGAGCACCUCCCCAGAGCUAAUGGAGGGGGCGGCCCGCUACCAGAGGAAACUGGAGAUGGAAGCAGAGGAGCUGGAUCUGCAUUUCUUCACCCGCGAAAUGGCCGGUUCACUCCGGGCCUGGCUGGUCCGCACAGCCACCUGUGGCCUCCGCUACCAGUGGGUCGACCUGGGCCCCGUGUUUUGGCCCCGGUGGCUCCGGCACACAGACUGCGAACAGUCAGGGACCUCGCAGAGCUGUUCCUUCCCCAGCGGCAUGUCCUGCAGACAGGCACAGGUCACGCAGAUUAAAAUCCUGGCCUGGCACUGCUGGGGCAAUGAGGACAGAGGCAGUGAGGUAAUGGGGGAAGCUGAUUCGGGGGCAUCCCUGUUCGGCAAGCGCUGUGUUUGGCGCCAGGUGCCUUAUCCUGUUGUCACGGCCUGCAAAUGCUCUUGCAAAUAGUUACGUAGUUAAUGAUACGUUCAGAUAACUUGGGGAGGGGACCAACUUACACAGUCUCUCCCAUGCAGUGCUGUCUCAUACGAAUCUCAUGUUUUUGACUCCUUUUAUAAAAAACAGAUCCUCGUAGGUUAAUUAAAUCUGACUGACAUUAUCCAUAUCUCCGUUGACUUCAAACUGAUAGCUGUGCUUGCCAUUACUAGCCGCUCGUUUUUGCUUGUCACAUGAAAUGAUUACUCAGUUCAAUAAACUGUAAAUGUCA